GAGUUUCAGAGAGAGAGGGAGGCCGAGACUGACAUGGACGGCGGCGGCAGCCAGGGCCACAGGGCGGAGGCGGAGCGGUGGCUGACGGCGGCGGCGAAGCUCCUCGCCACCCGCGACUUCCAGGGGGCCCGGACCUUCGCGAUGCGGGCCCGCGAGUCCGACCCGGGCCUCGAGGACGCCGACCACAUGCUCGCCGUCGUCGACACCCUCCUCGCCGGCGAGCCCCGCGCCGUCGGCGGCGGCGGCGAGCCCGACUGGUACGCGAUCCUCCAGCUCGGCCACCUGACCCAGAGCCUGGAGCUGAUCGCGACCCACUUCCGCCGGCUCGCCCUGCUCCUGAGCCCCGACAGGAACCGCUUCCCCUUCGCGGAUCAGGCGCUCAGGCUCGCCUUCGACGCCUGGUCGGUGCUGUCGAACCCUAGCAAGAAGGCAUUGUACGACAACGAAUUGAAGCUCAGCUUGCUGGGGCAGCUCGGGAAUCAGACGCCUCCGUCUAGAAGCGUUAGGGGCGCCGAUGGGAAUGCGCCGGCGGAGGACGAGAGGCCGGUUUUCGGGAACGGCACGCCGGUGCAGCCUCGGGCUACCCGGCCCGCGAGCCAGGCCACCGUGUCGGUGUCGGCCAGCUUCUGGACCGCGUGCCCCUACUGUUUCUAUCUCUAUGAGUACCCUAGGGUUUAUGCCGAGUGCGUGCUCAAGUGCCAGAAUUGCAAGAGGGCGUUUCAAGCGGUGGCGAUGCCGUCGCCGCCGGUGUCCGAGAAGGACACGCACUUUUCUUGCUGGGGGUUCUUCCCGAUUGGGUUUCCGGGGCUACCGAGUCGAACUGAGGGCGCCUCUGGUUGGAUGCCUAUGUCGCAUAUGGUUGCAUGCCCUGCUCCUGGGCAAGGAACCACACAGGGAGGGCCAAAAGGUGGGAGUGCUGGGCAGAGACCUGCCCCAAGGGUGUAUUAUGAUGACGACGACGACGACGUUUAUGUAGAGCUUUCGGAAUCGAGUGAUGAUUCUGGUGAAGAAUGGGGGAGUAAAAGAAAGACAAGGAGAGUCGGUAGGAAGAGUCAGGGGAGAAAAAGUGCUGCUAACAGAGUGCCAAUAGAGAGAACAAGAAGAGGGAAUGCGGAUGCGGGUGAGCAGGGAGAUGUUGGUGGUGGGGAUAAUGUGGUUAGUGGGACUGCUGCGAAAGGUGGGGAGAGGACGGAGUCGAGUAAGAAGUCGACAGAGUCGAGUAAGAAGGCGACGGGGAGUUCUACAAGGAAACAGACUGGGAAAGGGGGAAUGGGUAAGUUGGAUUUGAAUGUGGAGUUCAGUAAUGAGGUGGAAGAGCCUGCAAGAGUUGUGAGUCAAGGGAAUAGGGCUGGAAAUGGUGAGGAGGAUAAUAGCGAAGGGACAGAAUUUUUCGAAGGGCUUGAUGAGUUCCUGAGCAGUUUGCCCAUACUUUCUGUGGUCAAUGACGAUAAGGUUAAGGCUGCUUAGGGUAGUAAGGCUGCUUUCUUUGUUGCUCUUUGUAGCUCUCUCUGGCAUGGUUGUUUGUUGUAUUUUAACCUGUGGAGGAACUGGCAAUUCCCUUGUCAUGUUCUCCCAGUCUUUGAUCUUGUAGUAAAGCUAGUGUAUAUUAUGUAGCAACCUUUUCUAACUUCUCCGGUGGUUUUUAUUUUUUUUUACUCCUUGGGAUCUUCUGGUUUUCCUGAGAUGGAUUAUUGAUAAAACAUGAGGAGUUCUCUUUAA